UCUCUCUCUCUCUCCCCUUUUCCUCCUUUUCUUUCAAUAUCUCUGCUGACUUUCAUGGACAGCAUCGCCCUCACUCAUCACUUCCGCUCAUGGCUCUCCUUGCUUUCCCCCGCUCUCUCCCUCUCCCUUUCCCGCCUUUUUACUUCUUCUCUCCUCGCCCAACCCCGCGCCCUUCCUUCAUUUGCUCGCUCUCUGCUGGAGCCGGACGGACCAAGAGCGGCUCCGCCAUUCUCUGGUUCAAACACGAUCUCCGCCUCGACGAUCACCCCGCACUCGUCGCUGCUGCUGAAACGCACCGUUCUCUGCUCCCUCUCUACGUCUUCGAUCACCGCAUUCUCUCUCGUUAUUCUGAUGAAAUGCUGGAACUAGUUCUCUUCGCUUUGGAAGAUUUGAGAAAUUCUUUGAAGGAACAAGGCUCUAAUUUGAUGAUUCGAUUUGGGAGUGCUGAAAAUGUCAUUACAGAGCUUGUAAAAGAGGUGAAAGCUACGGAUGUGUUCGUUGAAGAGGAGGUAGAGUAUGAAAUGCGCCAGAUUAUUGGAGUUGUCAAGGAUACAUUGGAAACGUCGUCGUCUUUAGAUGGGAAUCCGGACAUUGUCAUGUGGAGGACUCCAUUCUAUGAUGUUAAGAAUCUGAAGGACUUGCCUGCAUCAUAUAAUGACUUUAAAAAACUGAAGUUACUACCAACCUCGCCUCUUCCUCCAGUAACAUUACCUAAUGUAGAAACCAAAUUGGAUUGGGGUCCUCUGCCUACGUUUAGUGAUCUUAAGGAAUUUAUCAAAGAGAAACCAGGCAAAGGGAGUUGGAGUUUGAUGAAGGAGAUGCCAGCUGAAGCCAUAUUGAAGGAGAAAUUAUCAAAACCAUCAGGAACCAACAGAAAUAGUUUGAGUGUGCAAAGCAUUGAACGAAGAAGACUAGAUAAAUCUGUUUUUGUUACUCGAAAAGGUGAUGUUGUGGCAGGUGGGACAAACUCUUUGUUGAAUGCAUCGGCUGCAUACUUGAGAUAUUUGGAGGGAACAGCUCGAGAUGACUGGCAAGAGGUACAUGAAAGGCUACGCAAUGCUGAAAGUAGGGACGGAGCCUCUUUUACUUCGCUUUUUGGCCCUGCUCUUUGUCUUGGCAUCAUAUCUAGAAGGAGAGUGCAUUAUGAAGCUAUCACUUAUGAGAGAGAACGAAAUGCUGGAUUUCUAUCUCCAUUUGGAUAUUCUGCAGCCACUGUUGCUGCAGCAGCUGAUGCUGUAUGCUGCAUGGAGUGGUUUUGGCUUUUGGCUCUAAAAAGUCAACUAAGUAAUGAAGGACUAUAUUCUGUACGGAUUUGGAGAUGGCAUGGCCAUCUGAUUCAGUAUACAGUGGUUGGCAAUGAAGGUCCUGCAAUUUUUCUUGUACAUGGUUUUGGUGCUUUUCUUGAGCACUACCGUGACAAUAUAAAUGGCAUGGCUGAAAGUGGAAACCGUGUCUGGGCCAUCACGAUGUUAGGAUUUGGCAAAUCAGAAAAGCCCAAUGUCAUGUAUACUGAACUGCUGUGGGCUGAACUGCUAAGAGAUUUUAUCAUAGAAGUUGUGGGUGAGCCAGUGCACAUAGUAGGGAACUCAAUUGGUGGUUUUUUUGUUGCUAUUGUUGCUAGUCUUUGGCCUACUUUGGUCAAGUCUAUCAUCCUUAUCAACAGUGCUGGCGAUGUUAUUCCUGGAUUUUCUUCUCAGCGGUUUUCUAAUGAAAGGGGAACCUCAGGUGCUGCAAGGCUGGGUGCUCAACUUCUUUUAUUCUAUUUGAAGUUGAAUAUCAGGAACAUAGUUAAAAAUUUCUACCCCACUAAAACUAAGCGAGCUGAUGAUUGGCUUAUUAAUGAAAUGCUGAGAGCAUCCUAUGAUCCUGGUGUGCUAGUGGUCCUGGAAAGUAUUUUCAGCCUUGACCUCUCAAUCCCUUUGAACUUCCUCUUGCAAGGAUAUGAGGAAAAGGUUCUAAUUGUGCAGGGAAUGAAAGACCCACUCUCAGACUCCAAGGCGAAACUAGCCAUGCUUAAAGAGCAUUGUGCCGGGCUUGUAAUAAGGGAAUUGGAUGCUGGUCAUUGCCCCCAUGAUGAGCAGCCAGAAAAAGUGAAUUCCAUCAUCUGUGAAUGGAUAGUAGGCGUUGAAAGAAAACUAACCGCAGAGAGUCAUUUGUAGCACUCCACGUUUCUUCCGAAGCCUGGCCUAGGUCGUUAAAUCUGGUUUGGGUUUAUUGUCAGGCCUCGUUUAAAUCUUAUAAAUGCCUUAUUAAAAUCGAAUGUCUCCAUAGGCUAACAUCUUAACAAUAUUUCAAUUCCAAAUCGACCUUAAUACAUAAUCUUUGAAGGUAAUUGAUUAUUGUAGAACCUUCUUUGUCCUUGUAAAGACUUUAAUUGGGAUGUCUCAUACAUGGCAAUGAAAUAAAUAGCAGUAGACAUA